AAUAUUGACGAUGAACCACUGGUUAAUCCUGGUCGUGAUAUGGAUGCAGUGAAGGCAAUCUCUCCUGCUUCACAGGAUUACAAUUUGGAUUUGCUCGAGAACCUCCCAACAAAAUACAAGAUGUAUAUCGGAACCUGCAUGAAUACGAUGGAGAGUGAUUUUAGGAAUUGUAAUGCAGAUGUCAUUGAAGAGAUUCUUACGAAGAAACCUGUUUCCAGAGAGUGUUGUAUGAAGGUAGUAAAAGCUGGAAAAAAAAUGCUACAUGGAGAUUAG